AUGAGUACCAAAAAUUUAGUAUACUUAAGUAGUGAACAAGCAUUAUCGGAUUUGGCGGAAUUCAUUGUCAAUAUUCGAACAAUUUAUAAUAUUCCAGCCACUGCUAAAUGGGUAGCAUUUGGAGGAUCUUAUCCAGGAUCUUUGGCUGCAUGGUUGAGAAUGAAAUUUCCACAUUUAGUGCAUGCUKCAGUGUCUUCAAGUGGUCCUCUAUUGGCAAAAAUAGAUUUUAAAGAAUAUUUUAAGGUGGUAGAAAAUGCAUUAGCAACGUAUUCACCAGAAUGUGUAUUACAAAUAAAACAAGCAAAUCAAAUGAUCGAUAACCAAAUUAAAACAACCAAAGGAGCAAAAUUAAUUGAAAACAAAUUCAAUUUUUAUAUGAGUAUGGCCCAUGCAAGUUUGUUGUCUAGAUCAGUGCUUCUCAAUCUGUUUAGUACUGCGACCCAAAUUUCCCCCGAAAAAUUUUUCGCGACCCACAUUGUUUCACUUUUCAAAAAGUAUAAUUUUGAUCUUUUGUCUAAUGCAAUUAAAAGAAGUAACAUGAUGUACGGUGAAUUGAACAUAAAAGAAAAUCGGGUAAUUUAUGUUCACGGGUCWGUUGAUCCAUGGCAUGCAUUAGGCAUUACUCACACAAAUACCAAAAACAACGUUGCAAUUUAUAUUGAAGGAACAGCUCAUUGUGCAAAUAUGUAUCCUCCAUCUCCUACAGAUCUUCCUCAGCUUAAAAAUGCUCGUGAGACAAUUAGAGCAUUUUUGAGUGAAUGGUUGACAGAAAACGAUUUUGAUAACUCAUCUGAAGUCGACAAUAUACAAUUUAAGUACAAAGUAUAAAAUUCAUUAUUUUUGCUUUUUUCAAAAUCAAAUUUUUAUAAGAUA